UGGCCUGGGCUGUAUCUCAAUCUAUCAUUUACCUUGCCAUGGAUAUACAGCAAUGACCGUUUCCCCAGCCAAUACUUGUCCUUCAAAACUCAUUGCAGCUGUCGACAAAAACAUACCUAUUGUCUUUUUUUUUUUUUACGUCGCUUGCCUAUUGCAAGUAAGACCGCUCUAAGAGCACCUCACAAGCUUCAUGGAAGAGAGCAAUAAACUGGCAGGAGCUGCGCUAGUAGUCGAUAUACUGGAACUACUAGCAAAGCUCACCGUUGGCGUUGCUUUUCACUCGACCGCUUUCGUUGCUGAUGCGUUACGGAGUAUAUACGUUAUAGUGAGCCGAGUUAUGGCACGAUGGUCAGCCCAAGUAGUACAUCGGCCAUCAACCGCAAAGUAUAGUUUUGGUUUGGUGAGGAUAGAGAUUGUCACUGUAAUGUUAAGCGCGGCUCUCCUGUUCGGGCUCUCCAUCGCAAUUGUCAUUGAUGCCAUAUCUCAGUUCAUCGAUUUAGAGCCAAUGACAGAGCCGUUUGUCAUUUUCAUUACCGGAGCUUCUUGUCUCGCUUUGAACCUGGUGUCGCGAGUGUUUAUGCAAGCACGCUACACUGUUGGAUCAGCUAUGGGCAGGAAACCCUCUGUGUCGGAGGGUCGAACAUCUCGUAGCAAUAAAACAAGGGAUCAGCGACAGCAGGAUGAAAGUGGUGAGUUUGGAAAUCAUGGCUUUGCGUUAUCUACCAUUUCAGGCCCGAACGACAACAACAAGGAUAUGGAUGAAAGCAAGAUCGCUAACAGAAGGAUGGGUGAAUUUCUUAGGACGUUGUCUCGUGUACGGGACUAUUUCAAUAUUUGGAAAGUCUUAAUUUCCACGUUGUGGGAAAGGCUUAUAUCCGCAGAUCCGCAAGCCACCGUGUCACUUCGGAGCCGGACAGUGUCUCUCUGGGACAGCUCGAAUGCCCUUGGGGACAUUUGCAUCACACUUGCAGCGUUACUUGUGUGGAAAGUGCCUGUGGCGUCCAUACAAUACCUCGACCCAGCACUUGCUAUGUCUAUUGCCCUACUAAGCAUGUACUUUGCUUAUCGGCUGAUUGUUGCAGCUUCUGCCAUCCUCCUCCAAGCUACACCGUCGACUAUUGACACCAACGUUGUCAAAGAGGCUGUUCAAAGUAUAGAUGGUGUCGUGUCUGCUCAUCAUGUCCAUAUUUUCGCGUUGAACGAGAACAAGCUGAUCUGCUCGAUGCAUGUUCACCCUCUAUCACGAGCAACCGCCGGAGAAAGGUUUAUGGAAGUUAUGCGGCAAAUCAGACGUGUCCUACGCACCUACGGAGCUCAUUCUACAACGAUACAGCCCGAAUUUUGUCAUGACGAGACUGAGACUAUCCCAUUAUUACAGGCUGGACAGACGGAAGGAGGAAAUUGGCAGCAGCCAUCGAGUCUGGAAACCAAGUCCAAGUCUUUCUAGACUUAAUGUCAUCGAGAGAUCUAGGCUUUUCAGAUACAAUCUAUUAUUGCCAUUGUUCCUUAUAACUAUUUGUUACAUAAACCGGUUGAGAUUUCAACUCUUGGGUUGUUUGAUAUGAAUUGGGGAUAGAUAUAAGGAAAUUGGUCUCCUUCGAGCAUGCGAUUAAGAGAUAGGACUUCACAGCAUCCUAAACCUGUCAUGGCUUAAUAGUUAUUGAAGGUUCCAAUUCGCUGUUCUUAUGUCAUUUGUGGAGACGCUCGUCAAUGGGGGUUAUGAUUGAGCAUUGAAUUGAACAUGACUGAAUAUCAAUUUUAUAACAAGUCUGGGAAAGGACUACUGAUAUACUGGAACAUUCUGAAGCAUUAUGGAUUAGUCAUUGAAUGGUUUUGACUCGCCUCACUUGCGUUUGUGGGCUUAUGGGCAUUCCCUACUAUAUCGAAUCAUGGAAUCGAGCCCGCUGGUUCUGAC